ACGCGCCUUGAUCAAUUCUCGUCGUUUCUCAACUUUUAUAAUGCGCCAAGCCCCAUUGUCCGAAGCGCUUAAAGGUUCCCUUCACUAUCCCUCUUACUGGGAAAAAGAUCCUAAUUUGUGGGAUGUCAUUGAUUGGGACCUUUUUUUUAUUAGCAAAUUCCCUUCCUGCACGCCCCAACAAUCUCACUCUACCCUAGCAAGCGAACUCAAUGUACUCGUGAAAGCACUUCCGAAAGGCCGCAAAUAUAGCAAAGCAUCAUUCAUCCUCAACUAUCUCAAGCGCAACGAUGAUAGAGUCAUAGAAUUUUGGCAAACUCAGAAAUUGGCAAAGUUAGCCGUAAACAGUCGAAUCAGCGAGGAAAUGAUUAAGAAUGCCGCGAAGUUUGCUACAGCUGAUGAAGCACAGAAGCUUUUCGUCAAAUCGAAUCAAGAAAAGACAUCCCUUGCGUCACCUUCUAAGCGAGAAUUUGAAGAGACGGAAUCGUUGGAGGAAAUUCAUGAGUUGGUGGAAGGCGAUAGUGAUCUCAAGGAUUCUUGUACGCAGGACGAACACAGCGCAGAGAAUGAGCGGGUCCCCGAAGACUCAGACCGAAAGAGAAAACACGAAGACGACGAGGAAGACAUCGACAAUCAAGCCCUUUUCGCGAGGAAUCUUUUAGAUGAAGCACAAGAAAAUCCACUAGAGAUGAAAAACCUUCUUGACGCCUUUCAAACAUAUUGUCAGGAAUCGGAGAACUUGUUGACAAACAACGGUAUAAUGGAUCUUAGGCCGUCUUCGGAAUUUGUCCUCUCCUAUACAAAUGAAAGCGAUUACAGCAAAUUGCUUGAAUGUAUCCUCAAUCCUAUUGAUGGGAUAUUCCCCGAAGCAGCUUUCAAUUUUCUUCUUGAAUUUUUUUCCAAGAAUCUAACUUGUCAGCAUUGGUAUGACGAAAUUGAGAAAUUGCUGGAUCCAGAACAUGAUCCAUUUAUUAAAAAUAUAAAGAGGUUCAUGUUUGAAGUUCUUCCUAUCUGGUUUGAUGCUUUUGCUAUGGGGUCUGAAAACCCAAUAAAGGAUAGAAAUAUGGAAGAAGAGGAGUACAUGACAGGAUUCGUCCAUCCUAUUUUAAAAAAGGCGCUUGCAAGAUUCGCAAACCUGCGAUAUAGACCCGGCGAUAAAGCGAUAGAGGCAUCUGCAUACCGAAAAUCAAUUACUGAACAAUCGGGAAAUGCAGAUAGAGCCGACGGUAUCGCCUACACGUCAAACCAGAAGCCUUACGAAAUAUGUGUGGUUGAAGGGAGCAAACCUUACGAUACUGAGAACGGGAAAGAAACAGAAGAUUUCAUCCAAAAUGCGCGCGCCGCAAAAGACAUGAUUAACUUUUUAGUAAUUCAAGAAGUCAAGCAGAAAAGGGCUCUGCCGACAUUCUUUCGAACCUUCAUGGUUCAAAGUUUCGAGACAAGUCUGCGUUUUUAUUUUUUGGAUUACCUGAAUUUUUACAGAAUUUUUGAGAUUGAAGUCUGUGAGCUUCCAGUAGAUCUGGCGGAAAUGAAUUUGUUUCCCUUUCUUUUCCGCGCGGUCAUUACAUGGGCGGUCCUGGUAGGAGAUACUGAUAAAGAGUUUCAAACAUUUCGGAAUUCAAAGCGAAGCUCAAGAGUCAGUAAUGCACAUAAUUUGAGGGUGCUUGCUCGAUUGCAGCAUAAUAAGGCACGUCCAGGCAACAAAAAAAGCUUAAAAAUGAAAAAUGUAAUUUAG